AUGGCGCUCAGUACUUCUCACAAGCACAACUUCGAUGCCCUUCCUCCCGAUCUGCUGGAAGUGUACCUACGAUACAAAAGAAGCACGCGUGCCAUUUUACUGUGGUUACUAGAGCAUGGCCCAGAACCCGACAAGCCAGUCAGGAGCGUCGUUCUCCGAGAGCUGGAAACUAUGGCACGGACAGUGAAGGAGAAGAUCAGCUACAUUCCUGACAUUGUGCAUUUCUACUUUCGCGAGACCAUUUCAGACCGAAGCAAACUCAGCAAAUACUUCCGCAUCCAAAGCUCUGCAGCCAUCAAUGACCAGGCUACCAUCAACCAUGAGCAUUUCACUGCAACGCAAGCCUCUCUCUCUAUCUCUUUCUCUCUCUCUGUCGUCAGUGUUCAGACCACUUACUUUUCUGACAGUUUGACCAAAAUCUACAACGACCUUUGCAUAGCCUUUCCCCUACCGGAGCUUCCAAAUCAGCGACUAUCAGAAUUACAGCCAUCAAAAUGUGGCCUGACUCGGAUGUCCAACCGAUACGACGGUCUAGCUGUUGACGAAGCCGAUACCCAGGAAGGGGAGGGCAACAAUCAUCUGACUAUAAUUGCACAACCCGUCUCAUCACCUGUACCCCCGACAUUCCCUGAUGCCACUGAAAUGCAGAUCCGACUCACCGAUGAUGAUCUCGGCAUGGCAUUCGAGAUAGCAGCUACAGUCCAGCGCAUACAAGAGAUCUCAAGCUCCGUUGAGCAUUAUUGGCGACUUGCCACAAGACGCACCGUCUCAUUCCCAGUCGCUUCUUUCACCACAAAUGCCGCCUUCGCGUCACUGCGCCAGCUUGUGGACGGACUCCUGCAACGCGAGUCAAACCUCGGCCUCUCAACCAUUUACGACACGCCUUUCUCGUUCAAUGACUCAAAGCAAUAUACAGACACGUCAAAAGUUCGCGGUGCCAGCUCGACGUUGCUUGGUCGUUUACGGCAUAUUGUGGAGACACUCUCCGAGUAUCAAGAUGGCGAUAUGGACGUAUGCGACCCUUUCUGCCUCAAAUGCGGUCAUAGACUUGCGAAAGAAGUUCAGACCAGAGUCAUUCUUGGUACAGCCGGCAGCAAGUCUCUCUCUGAGGCUCUCAUUGGAAAUAUGAUUCAACUAGUGAUCUUUGAGAUGUUGCCGCCCGGUAGAAUCAGAGGGAGUACACCAUUGUAUCAGGAUUUUGAGGAGCUCAUCAGGGAUGUUGAUCCUGUUGACCUCAACGGCCAUCCCUGGUCGGUCAUUUUUGGAUUGAACAUCUUGACUCAGAGCUACAGAGUCUUCCUUCGAACCCUCAAGCGGCCGAAUUUGGUCUCGCAAUGUCGUGUCAAUGCCUUGAAACUUGCCCAGCAAGUCUCCUCUGAAAUCAAGUUGACGCUCGCCGACAGCGGCACAUUUCCCUGCCGCUGUGCCGGAACGAUAGGGCAGCAUUUGCACCGCAUGGAAGUCGAGUUGCAAUGGUAUGUGGGCCACAACUGCUGGGAUCUUGUGAAUCAGGCACCUUGGGUUGCUGGCAACCAUGUCUUGGAGAUCCUAGAUCUCUGCAACUACUACGGCAACCAUUUGCUCAAGUACCGACAUUUCGUGGGCGCCGUUCUUCACUCGUACAACUGUUUGACCAAACUGGGUGGACUAGAAAAGAUUCCUAUUUUGGAGCAAUUAUGUGUUCAAUUUUGCGGAAUUCUAUUCCCAGGUGGCACCCUCCCAGAGGCCAACUUCUAUGCUUGUUGGGCACGCUGUGUUGGCGCCAGACUGAAAUUUGACCAGCGUCACAACGGAAAGCACCCGCAUGACAAUUGGUGUUUUACUAUCCCCGCACCAGCGGCAAAGGCAGCUGCUGGAAUUGACAUACCAGAGCACCGACAUCAUGGCAAGGCCGAAUGUUUGCUGUUCCAGAUCAAACGCCAGGGAUACCAUAUCUCAGAAGAUCAGUGGAAAGACCUCGCCCGUGCUUCCAAGAGCCCUGACCAAACACAAAAGGGCGGAGUCGAGAAGGGCGGCAUUCAGACGAACGCCAAACUAUCAGCCGGCGUUACCCAUACGGAUAUGCUGCUACAUCUGACUACAGCCAUUCAGGAGACUUUCACCCAGUCAGCUGAGACACCACUGCCCAGUGCUCGACUGAAUGUUUUCGCAGUCUUCCGGAAGUGCGCACAUGUGAUGUCGCAAGUUUCGGACAAUGUCCGUUGUAAAGAAGUUGAGAAGAAUGGAGGCAUCUGCAUUUGCUUCUGCCAUGCUAUCCUGGAUGCUGCUGAGCGUAUUGUUAAGAGCAGACGGUUCGGUGAGCUUGAAGUAUGGCAGAAGGAUGAGCGUUUUUGGGUCGAGGAGAUGAAGAAGGCAAUUCAAAUGUCCUUUGGCGACGUCAAUGCAGAAGACCUGUUGUGGGAUAUCUAG